AUGCCUGUUUCCUCGUCUCACAACAAACCGCCUUCCUGCGUGACAUGCGGCAUCCUCGCGCCAUGCGGGCGAGCACUCACGCGGCUGUUCCGCGUCCCGGUAUCCGCUGCGCUCUCCGUCAGGGCCUUCCGCUUCCGUAACCUCCGGAAGGCAGCGGCCAGGAUGAGCCCACGCCGCCGUCGCUGCCGCAAGACGUUCCGGUCGGUGCGCGCUGUCUUCUGGCCGCUCGUCCCGACGUCGACCACGCCGGCGACCUCUACAGCAGAAGGCGAGGCCGCGCGGGGGGCAGUACCGGCACCGCAAGCAGUGGUGCACGAGACUCCGGUGAUCGCGCCGGUGUCGUCCCCAGAGACGCCCGCUUACAUGAAGGUGGUGACGCGGCUGCGGUCAGAGAGGAGCGCUGCUAGCGGAGGCGGAGAGGACGGGGACAAGGAGGAGGAGGAGGCGUGCCGGAGCUUCGAGAGCUGUCUGAUGGAGAUGCUGGUGGAGGAGGGGAAAGCGAGGGACCUGCAGGACGUGGAGGAGCUCCUGCGGUGUUGGGAGCGGCUCAAGUCGCCGGUCUUCGUCGACCUGGUGUGCAGGUUCUAUGGCGAACUCUGCAAUGACCUGUUCCCCACGCCAGGGGUAAACGAAGUUGACAUCGGCGGCAGCGGCGACGACGGCUCCGAGUCCACGUCCGGCGCUUGA